AUGAAGGAUCUGGAAUCACGUUGGGAUCAAUUCAGCUUGACUGAAGAUGAGAAUUCAGUCAUAGAAGUUGACUCGAUCGACUUGGAGGAUGCUGCACAAAAGGAAGAAAGGAGGUUGGUUUGUAAGUUGUGGUCUAAUCGACGAGUGGGAAAGGAGGUGGUCAGAUCGACUAUGACUAAGAUUUGGAAGGUAAGUAGCUCGUUUUCCUUCCAAGAAGUUAGUACAAAUCUAUUUGUGAUUGUAUUUGAGUGUCAAGAGGAUGCACGACGUGUAUUGAAGGGUAAGCCGUGGCUAUUCAGUAGCUAUGUCUUGGUCCUCAAGGUGUUUGAUGGAUUUACUCAUCUGAAGCAAAUGAAAGUUGACACUGAAGACUUUUGGAUCCAAUUGGUCAAUCUACCUUUUGUUUGUAUGAACCGAGAGGUAGGGAAACAGAUUGGAGAAUCAAUUGGUGUGGUUAAGGAGAUUGAUGAGUGGAGAGAUGGAUCUGGUUGGGAGGGUAUUAUGAGAGUCAAAGUUGAAUUAAAUUUAAAAAGAACCAUUGCUCGUGGAAGAACUAUGAACCUGCUUGGAAAGAAAUACUGGAUUCCUCUAAGAUAUGAAAAGCUACCUAGAAUGUGCUUUAAUUGUGGAGUGAUUGUUCACGGGGGAGAAGGAUGUCCUAAGUCAGGUGUUGGUGUAAAUGAAAAAUAG